GUCUCUCUUAAAUCUGUUCAAUGCCUCCUCGUGUAGCUCCAGGCGCUAGUGGCGGCGGCGGUCGCGGCCGGGGAAGGGGUGGAGGCCCCUCUGAUCGCGCUGCAGGCGGCCCUCGAGGUGGCGCCGUUCGUGGUGGCUUCAGAGGUCGCAUCACUCCUGGACCUGCAGCCGCCGGUCGCGUCCCGGGAGGCCAACUGCCGGACACCAGCUCCCACAUCACCACCAUCGGUGUCAAACGGCCAUCCUUUGGUCAGAGUGGUCGUGCUUUGGGUGUCUGGACCAAUCAUUACGAGGUGAAGAUACCCGAGGCCAAUAUUCAUCACUACGAUGUAGUCAUCUCCCCGUCUGAGAAGACGUUGCCUGCUCGAUUGAACAUGGAGAUUAUCAAGAGGCUGCAGUCCGACAUUGCUCCGGACGUGUUUACCCCUCGUGCCGUGUACGACGGCCGCAAGAACAUGUUUGCUGCUCGCGAGCUUCCUUUCCCUUCAGGGUCCCAAGAGUUCAGCUUCACACUGUCGGACCCCGCCUCUCCAGGUGAAGGUGGUGGUGAGGGAAGACGCGGCCCCAAGACCUACAAAGUCAAGCUCACUCACGUUGCUACAAUCAACCCCGAGGUACUCGCUCGCUUCCUACAGGGUAAACAGUCUCACGACAAUGCAGUCCUAACUGCAAUCACUGCCUUGAACGUGGUGAUUCGCAUGGAGCCUACCCUGCAUUACCCGUUCAACGUGCGAUCCUUCUUCACCAACCUCGAGACUUCCGCGAUCGGCGCCGGCAUCGUCCUCUGGCGCGGCUACUUCCAAUCUGUGCGGCCUGCGAUUGGCCGAAUGCUCAUCAACGUGGACAUUUCCACCGCGGCCAUGUAUAAACCAGGGCCUGCCAUUGAUGCCGCCCUGGAGUUCCUCGGUGUGACGCCGAGGGGCCCGCUCGCGCUCUCCCCGAGGCACGGCUUCCCUGACCGUGAGCUGAUCAGGCUGCAGCGGUACCUUUCAGGCGUCCGCGUGCAUGUGGACAUCCCCGGACGCCCCGCCGCUGCUCGUCGCCCCGCCCGUGUCAUUAAGAAGCUCACUAGGGCGGGCGCCAGCCAGCUCUCGUUCACACAGCGUGACGGCCGGAGCAUCACUGUGGCCCAGUACUUCGAAGCGACGCACAACUAUAAGCUUCGCUUCCCUGACAUCGUCUGCGUUGAGCUUGGCUCGGGGGCGAUCAUCCCCAUGGAAUGCUGCACUAUUCCGGAGGGCCAGAUUAUGCGGAAGCAGGUGCCGCCCGAGAAGACCAAGGAUGUCUUGAACUUCGCGACGAAGAGGCCGCACGAGCGGCUCAACAGCAUCCGCCAGGCUCUCGGUGUUCUGAACUACGGCCAAUCCGAAUACGUUAGGCACUUCGGCAUGGAAGUUAGCCCGAACGCGGACGUUCUAUCCCUCCAGGCGCGCAUCCUCGACCCGCCGACUCUCAUGUACGGCCAGGGAAGCCGUCAGCCUACCAUCACGCCGCGCGAUGGCGCAUGGAACAUGGUCGACAAGAAGUUCCACCGGCCGGCCGCUAUCAACCGAUGGGUCGUCGUCGUCUACGAGCGUGAACAGCGCUUCAACAGGGAGACCGCUCGGGAGAUGGUCAGGGGUCUUCUGGAGGGCUUCGCCGCUGUCGGCAUGAGGGUCAACGAGACCGAUCCUGUCAUCAUCCACGACCGGCCACAGAAGAUCUACGAUUCUCUUCAAGCGGCUGGAUUGAGGUGCAUCGAGAAGCACGGCGGCGGCGGUCCCGGACCCGACCUCAUCGUUGUCGUCCUUCCCGAAUCUUCUGCCGAUAUGUAUCAGGCUGUCAAACACUUCGGCGACAUCCAGCGCGGUGUCGCUACGCAAUGCUUGAGGAGCAACAAAUGCAAUCGCGCGAACAAGCAGUAUUUCGCAAACGUCCUCCUCAAAAUCAAUCCCAAGCUCGGCGGCAUCAAUGUCAUCCCCGACCCACGAUCCGUUCCGGUCCUCACCGACCCGCGCAACCCCACGAUAGUGAUGGGUGCGGAUGUCAUUCACCCCGCUCCGGGCGCCGACGGCCGUCCGUCGUUCACGGCCCUGGUGGGCAACGUCGACUCUGAGACGGCGAAGUACGUCGCAGACUGUCGCGUCCAAACCUCGCGCCAGGAGAUGAUCGAUGAUCUCGAGGCCAUGGCGACAAAGCAUAUCGACAUGUACAAGAAGUACCGUCUUAAUGUCGAGAAGAAGUCGCCCGCAGACCCCAAGCGAGUCAUCUUCUAUCGUGACGGUGUCUCGGAAGGCCAGUUCCAACACGUCCUGGACAUCGAACUACCUCAGUUGAAGAGGGCUCUCGCGAAUAACAAUGUGAACGCGAAGAUCACUGUGAUCGUGGUCGGCAAGCGCCACCACGUUCGCUUCUUCCCGCAGAGAAGGGACGAUGCGGAUAGGAGCGGCAACUGCCCUGCCGGAACUGUCGUCGACCGUGAUAUCACGCACCCCACGGAAUUCGACUUCUACUUGCAGAGCCACAGCGGGCUGCUCGGAACGUCUCGCCCUGCGCACUACAACGUGCUCUAUGACGAGAACGAGUUCACUGCGGAUGCCCUGCAAGCGCUCUCGUUCGCGCUGUGUCACGUCUACGCCCGGUCUACCCGCUCGGUUUCUAUUCCUGCCCCUGUUUACUAUGCGGACAUCGUGUGCUCGCGCGCUAAGAACCAUUAUAGCCCCGACGGCGACUUCGACCUGACCGAGUCUGGCACGCAGCUCGAUUCUGCUGACGCGGGUCGCCAGCUCGAGGCCUACAAGGCGAACUUCAGGCCCUUGCACAACAAUUCGAAGAGGUUGAUGUACUUCACUUAGGGCCUCCACCCUCGGUCGCCACCGUCUCCAAGUUCAAGUUGUUGUCAGGACCGGGCUAGGGUAGAACAGUCACGGACCCCGUUGUGCCGUCGUGUUGCCGUUGUGCUCAUGCUGUAUCGUCUUCUCCUGCUGCCCUUGCUAUCCCCGUCUUCUCGUCAUCGCUAAGCUUGAAAUGUCGUUGUUUUCGUCGUCCUGCAUCUCGUGUUACGGAUUCCCCCAUCCCACCCUAUUCCCCACACCCACUGCAUUCCCCGUUAUGUCUUCC